AUCGGCUAAGUCUCUUUAUACUCUCGACAUAGGCGCGGCGGGUAUGUUUAACACCCAUUUCACGCCUUGCGUACCGGUCAUAUCCCACCGAGAUAAGCUAUACCUUCGAUAUGGGACUUGUCUGGCUCGCCGAUAUACCGCAAGGUAGACGACGCAGUAGGGCAUUGAGAGCAUGUGCCCACUGUCAGAGGAAAAAGAAACGAUGCCGUCAUCUUGCCACAGAGGAUGUUGCACGGUUCCUGAGGCAAUCGCUUCUUGAUACCAAUUCAUCUACAACGGUAACAACGGCCCGGACAACAUCUACCACUCCGAUCAUCCACAAGAGCUCACGCACAGAACGCUUUGUCGGAGAUUUGAACCCAGAAGCCGCAAUACGCGAGAAACUAGACUUCGCCAACGGAAUCCAGCUGCGAGACCGAAUUGGCCUCUGGGUCAGUUCUCCUAUUGUUCAAACUCGUGAAGAGCAUAUAUCUCACUCUGAAUCUACUCGGGCCCAUGAUGCUCCCAGCCACCACGGCCUCGGAUCGCAAUUGGUUGCUUCUUUAUUACACCAGCAGUCUGAAUUUGCAUUCAAGACCUGUGAGCGCUUGCCCAGUUCGACGCGGAAUCAUCUUCUAUCCAUCUAUUUCACUAAACUCAAUCAUAUAUUGCCCCUUGUCGACCCAGAUUCUUUGCUUUCACCUCACGCCGGAGAUUUGAUAUCUGUGUUUCUAGAACGUGCAGUAUGUCUCGUAGCAGCAAAAGAUCGCGCAGCUGAACCUUAUCUACGCCUAUGUGAAGAAGGUCAGGUUAUGACGUCCCAUCAAUUCUGCUCUGAGAUAUACGGUGAACUUGUGGUUGCCAUGAAUGUCGGCUUGGAAGCCGACAGGAUCACCCGCAUCCGUAUUUUGGCGCUCAUGUCUCUGCACUACGAAGGCUAUGAAGGUGCCGAAUUGGCCUCAAUGCAUCUUUGCCAGGCGGUUCACCAGGCUCAGACAGUGGGCCUUCAUCUUCAUCGUCCUGGUCGGAGAUCGGAAGAUUCUCUAUCAAGUCUCUUUUGGUGCUUAUGGACUUUGGACAGAAUGCAUGCCUGCUUAGGCGGCCGCCCCGUUCUUAUGUCUGAACGUGACAUCGGAAUUGCAAAACCUCGGGUUGAUCAUUUUGCGACAAAAUCGGCUUUCGACAUAUCUUCGGAUCACACGGUUGGAUGGGAAGCAGAUUUCCCCACGUUCGAGAGCAUCACCGGAGAUCGGUGUUCCGACUUGGAUUUUGCCACUUUAGGUUUUCUAGAGCUGUAUUACCAUGCUGUUUGCAUCCUUGCUUGCAGAUACAGGUUAUCUCAUCCUGCAGAUUUUUCGAAACCUUCGUAUGUUCGUCAGGGUCUUGCCGCAGUCCGUAUUCAUUCCAUUGUGGCCACGGAAUGCUCCGGAGGGUUACCACCGCUGCCCAUUAUUCCUUAUGCCUUAACGCUAUCUAUGGGUGUUUCGUACCAGCAAUUUCGCUCAAGCAAACUCAUUACUCACCUCGAUCGAGCCAGGGCCGGCCUAGAAGCCUGCUGUGUCCUGCUCGAGAGAAUAAGUGCCUAUUGGUCUACCGCAGAGGCGAUGGCCCGACUGGGACGAAAGGCACUUCAUCAGAUCGACGUUGGGAAUCCUAAAUACCAGCUGCACGAUCAUGAAAAUGAGCAACCCUUAGACCAUCCGAGCGUCUGCACUCCGCGGUUUUCAGAAGAGACCAUGCCAGUCUUGUUGCCAUCUUCCUCUAACGCUGGGCAAGGCAUACAUACGGAUAUCUUGUUGCCAAUGUACACACAAGCGCAGCCAACGCCCAAUGCUUUGGGGGUACAAAAUACCAGCAGCUCCGAUCAUGAGUGCGGCCGAUUCGCUGACAUAGACUUCUUAUUCGGAGAGUUCCUCGACCUUUCUCUUCCCACUAAUUUUUUGGAUCCUGUUUUUCUAAGCCCGGAACAGCCAGAAGCAUGACACUGCGCGGCAACAGAGCAUUGACUCGGCGAUCACAGUCCAUUAAAAAUGACUGCGUGAAAAGGCUGUUGUUCUCGGGGUUCCAGGCUUGGCAUUAUAAAACCCACUUAUCCACUAACCAGGCACGCCUUUCAACAUGCAGAAGUAUUCUCGUUAGCGAAUUGCCGAUCGUCAUCAGUGUGGAAGACCGAGCACUAGUGCCGUUUCAGUGAUAAGGACGCAGCUUGUACUGUACCAACAUCCCUAGGAUUGCGUUCCAUAGGUGACAAUUGGCAACCGAUGGUGAAGACUGGGAUCCGGUAGCAGCCGUGCCAACUCAGGAAGUAUAUGCAUGGUAUGCAUGCACACAUCUCAUGAUUGCAGGUCUGGGUGUUGGAAUCAUAGUAGUGAAUCAAUAACUUACCACAUGGUCUGUGUCCGUGAGUCUCAAGUCUAGACCUCAUCCCGCGCCCCUUUUCGCCUUUACACACUAGAGCCUGGAGAAG